AUGAAACUCCAAUCUCUGCUUCGCCCCAUGAAUGAAAGAAGUAUGGCCACGAGAGUUGUUAACCUCUCGAAAAGGAAUCUCCUACCGGCUGAAAUCAACCUCCUGUCGAAGGGAAUAGGAUUUAAUCCCACGGAUGCUGCACCUACCAACUUUCUGGCUGGUCUCGAAUCCAUUCUACUGACCUCUGUCCUGCCUGAAGACAAGCGCGCGGACAUACGCAGCUGUGCCACUGGUAUCCUCCGGCAAAAAAAACACCAGCAAACUCUACCGGCCGAAGAAGCGCAAGGAUUGCGAGCACUGAAAUCGGACCACAGUAUUGUUGUUGUUCCUGCCGACAAAGGUGGCGCUACCGUCAUCAUGGACAAAACUGACUACGCCAACAAGACGAAUACAAUCUUCAGUGACACGGAUUCUUACACCAUUCUCACCGAAGACCCAACGAAAAAGCAAGCCGCAGCCAUCCAGAAAAAGGUUAAUGAGUUUGCUCGUCUGAAAGUCAUAGGUCUAGAUGACUCAAAGUUUAUGACCCUCAGUGGUCAGGCUCAGGCUCCGUAA